GAAAAAUUGAUUUAAUUAAUUCUUUUGACUCAUCCGCAUAGUAGUCUUUGCUCUAUAUACACCAUGCUCAGAGCAAGCUCGUUCAAAUCUAUGCAACUCAGACGCUUCAGCGUCUCUGUUCGGUCCCUGGCCGCCCAGGUUCUCUCGGGCACGAAGCUUGCCUCAGAGAUCCGUGCAGAUGCAAGAAAAGCCAUUUCGCAAAUACAACAGGCCAACCCGAACUUCAAGCCGUCGUUGACAAUCAUUCAGGUCGGCAACAGACCAGAUUCGUCGGCGUACGUGAGAAUGAAAUUGAAGGCGUCAACAGAGUCGGGCAUCCAGUGCAACGUCAUCAAGAUGCCAGAGGACACCGCAGAGGUGACUCUGCUGAACAAGAUUCGCGAAUUGAACGAGGACUCCAAAGUGCACGGAGUGUUGGUGCAGCUUCCUCUUCCAAAACACAUCACGGAGGUCAAGGUCACCAACAGCGUGGCCACGGAGAAAGACGUGGACGGGUUCGACAGAUACAAUAUGGGGGAGCUGGCCAAGAAGGAGGGAGAGCCGUUGUUUUUGCCGUGCACACCGAAUGGAUGCAUGAGGCUGCUGGAGCAGACCGGCAUUGAGCUGGCAGGCAAGCACGCCGUCGUGAUUGGCCGCUCCGACAUCGUGGGGACGCCUGUUGCUGCGCUGCUCAAAAAGGCCAAUUGCACGGUCACAAUGUGCCACAGCCGCACGGCCAACAUCCCGGAGCUGGUGCGCCACGCCGACAUUGUGGUUGCCGCACUUGGAAAGCCCAAGUUCGUCAAGGGCGACUGGCUCAAGCCGGGCGCCGUGGUCAUCGACGUCGGGAUCAACUACGUGGAUGCCCCGGGCACCAAGAGUGGGCGCAAACUUGUGGGGGACGUCGACUACGACUCCUGUGUCGAGAAGGCCUCGUUUUUGACUCCUGUCCCUGGCGGAGUCGGCCCCAUGACGGUCGCCAUGCUUGUGGACAACGUGGUGCAGGCGGCCAAGCGCCAAAUGGAGCGCGAGUCGCGCCCUGUCGAGUGUGUGCCACUCCCACUCAAAUGCCUAGACCCGGUGCCGUCCGAUAUUGAUAUAUCGCGGGCGCAGCAGCCAAAGCACAUCACCGAAGUCGCCGAGGAGCUGGGCAUCAAAGAGUCCGAGCUCGAGCAGUUCGGUCACUACAAGGCCAAGGUUUCGCUGUCCGUGUACGACCGACUGAAGGAGGACCGCGAUAAUGGCAACUACGUGCUGGUGGCGGGCAUCACCCCCACUCCGCUGGGCGAGGGCAAGUCGACCACGACGAUGGGGCUGGUACAGGCUCUGGGCGCUCACCUGGGCAUUCCUGCGGUGGCUAACGUUAGACAGCCAUCGAUGGGCCCUACAUUUGGUGUCAAGGGCGGAGCUGCCGGUGGUGGCUAUGCGCAGGUGAUCCCGAUGGAUGAGUUCAACAUGCACCUGACAGGCGACAUCCACGCAAUUGGUGCAGCUAACAACUUGCUGGCGGCGGCCAUCGACACGCGGAUGUUCCACGAGAGCACGCAGAGCGACAAGGCACUGUACAAGCGACUUGUUCCGGUCAAGAAGGGCCAGAGAAAGUUCACUCCAUCUAUGCUGAAACGGUUGCAAAAACUGGGAAUUACUGAAACCGAUCCGGACAAGCUGAGCGAGGCGGACGCCGCGCGGUUUGCGAGACUUGAUCUCGACCCAGAAUCGAUCCAGAUCAAGCGUGUGGUGGACGUCAACGACCGGUUCCUCAGACAGGUUACCGUGGGGCAGGCUCCGACCGAAAAGGGUUUCACGCGCAAGACGGGCUUCGACAUCACGGUUGCCUCGGAGAUCAUGGCUAUUCUGGCGUUGUCGCGGGACCUGGAGGACCUGAGGGACCGCGUGGGCCGCAUGGUGGUGGGCUCGAGCCGGGCGGGCGAGCCUGUCACGGCGGAGGAUGUGGGGUGCGCGGGGGCCAUCACGGCGCUGCUCAAGGACGCGGUCAAGCCGAACCUGAUGCAGACGCUGGAGGGCACACCUGUGUUUGUGCACGCAGGGCCGUUUGCCAACAUCUCGAUCGGUGCGUCGUCGGUCAUUGCCGACCGCCUGGCGCUCAAGCUGGUGGGGUCGCACAUGAGCGCUCCAGCCGGUUCUGCCGCCGCCACCAAGGGUUUCGUUGUGACGGAAGCCGGGUUCGACUUCACGAUGGGCGGUGAGCGGUUCUUCAACAUUAAGUGCCGCGCGUCCGGGCUCAAGCCGAACGUCGUGGUGCUGGUGGCCACGUCGCGCGCUCUCAAGCUGCACGGCGGUGCUCCGGACGUGAAGCCUGGCCAGACGUUGCCCGAGGCGUACACGCAGGAGAACGUGGAGCUUGUGCGCCGUGGCUGUGCCAACCUGGCCAAGCAGAUCGCCAACGCAAAGAGCUACGGCGCGCCGGUCGUGGUGGCCAUCAACCAGUUUGUCACGGAUACGGCAGCGGAGAUCGCUGCGAUCCAGGAGGAGGCCAUAAAGGCGGGCGCCACGGCCGCCGUGCCUUCGAACCACUGGGCGCAGGGCGGAGCCGGCGCGGUGGAGCUAGCGCAGGCCGUGGUGGAGGCUGCCAAACAGCCGAACGCGGGCAACUUUUUGUACGAGCUGGACAAGUCUGUGGAGGACAAGUUGAGCACGAUCGCGCGCCAGAUGUACGGCGCCGACGGCGUCGAGCUGUCGGCUCUAGCCAGAGAGCAGAUUGCCGCGUACGAAGCGCAAGGGUUUGGGCGGCUGCCGAUCUGUAUCGCCAAGACGCAGUACUCGCUGUCGCACGAUCCGAAACUCAAGGGUGUUCCGCACGGGUUCACCGUUCCGAUCAGAGAGGUGCGGCUGAGUGCCGGUGCAGGAUACCUGUACGCUCUCGCGGCCGAGAUUAUGACGAUCCCGGGACUCGCCACGCACGCGGGCUACAUGAACGUCGAGGUUGUGGACGGCCAGAUCGAGGGCCUGUUUUAAAGCCUGUUUUAGGUCAACUCUAUAAACAUAAUGUAAAUCUGUAAUCAUUAAGCUGCAUUGAUCUGCUCCGAGAUCUUGGCUUGCUUGACAAGGUUCUCCGGUGCGUCCAUCUCGUCGAGCAUGAUCUCGAUCAGUCUGACCUUGUCGUUUUUGUUAAAGGCCUCGUCGGCAAACAGAGCGUUCAGCUCCUCGAUCGUCGACACGCGGUGGUUCUCGUAGUCGACUUUGUCAUGGAACAGCUCGAGAAUCUUGAAGUGAUCCCAUUUCUGGAUCAUGUUGUACUGUGCCUUAGGCCCGUGAAUCAGCUUCUCGAUCGUGUAACCGUUGUUGUUGAGCACAAAGAGAUAUGGCUUGAGAUUCCAGCGGCAGAUAUCCGAGAUGGACUGGACGGUCAGCUGCAAAGAGCCGUCACCAAUGAACAGAAUACAUCUGCGGUUAGGAUCGAUCUCCUCGAGCGCGAAUUGCGCGCCGGUGGCAGAAGGAAGCGAAUAACCGAUCGAGCCCCACAGAACCUGGGAAAUAGCCGUGAUGUUGCCUGGGAAAUGCGUCUGGGUCACACCGAACGAAGACGUGCCUGUCUCGGUGACCAGAACGUCGCCAGAGCGCAGGAAAAAGGAGAGUUUUUUCCACAAGUAGUCCUGAGUCAGCUUGCCAGACUUGAUAUUGGCCACCUUCUUGUAGUCCUGGACGGACUCCGGCAGCGGCUGUGGCACGUAGUCCAGUUUGGCCUCCUUGAUCUUGCGGCACAGUCUCUCCAAGACGUACUUCAUCUUGACGUCUGCGUACGUGGCAGCACGCACUUUACAGAAGUCGGAGUGGAACUCGAUCACGUUGGUGGUGUGGUAGUUGUACGAGAACGAGCCCGUGUUGAAGUCCGACAGCAGGCCGCCGACGCUGAGGAUCAAGUCGGACGACUCGACCGCCUCCUUCACGUCCGGGUUCGACAGAACUCCGAUGUACACACCGCCAAAUCUGGAAUGGUCCUCGCUGAAGGCCGACUUGCCCAUAGGCGUGGUGUAGACGGGGAAUUUCGUGGCCUCGACGAAUUGCGCCACAAGGUCCUGCACAUCGUGUCUCGAAGCGCAGGCAUCCACCAGCAUAAUUGGGUCCUUGGCCUCGACAAUCUUGUUGAAGAUGCUCUCGACAAUCUCGUCCUCGGCAAGCUUGUCGUUUGGAGGAAGGGUCAGCUUCAAUGGCGUCUUGAGCCGCUCGGAGUCGACCAGCUGGUCCACAAAGUUCGAAGGCAGUCCCAAAUACACCGGUCUCUUGGUGGUGUAUGCGGUCUCGAUCAGGUCGUCCAGAACAGCCUGUGCCGUUCUAAUAUCGUCGAUGCUGGAGGUCUUCUGGGUGAUGUGCUUGGACAUCUCCUCGAAAAUGUCGAACCGGCCGUUACCCAGUGUGUGGUGCAGCAGCAGUCUGUUCGAGAUACUGGAGAGCGAAGGCGUGCCGACAAUGUGCAGACAUCCAACGUGCUCGGCCAUCAUGCCCGCAAUGGCAUUGACUGCCGAUAAGUCGCCGACACCAAAGGUGGUCACCAGACAGGACAUGCCGUUGAUACGGGAGUAACCGUCCGCAGAAUAGCCCGCAUUGAGCUCGUUGGCGUUACCGGCCCAUCUCAGGCCGUCCACAGUGUAGAUGUGGUCCAGCAGAGACAGGUUGAAGUCACCAGGAACACCGAAAAUGGUGUUCACUCCGACUUGCUUGAUACGCUCAAACACGUAGCGGCCAAAGGGAAUUUUAGAAGGUAGUUGGGAUU